GCGUUACGUUUCCUCGUGUCCACCACGUACUAGUGCUACCCCCCAAAGCAAUAGUACGCUGGAAUGCGGCAGUUGACCACGAGCGAUUGGACGUAUCCCGGGUCCACAUCAUCACCACAAAGCUUCGGCGGCGUCAUUCUUGGCACACCCGUUUUUAUACCCCAUAGUGCCAUCAAGGCAAUUGGCUGGCCGAGCGAGGCGCAUGUGAUUGAGCGUUUGCUGGAUCAAGUAAAAGCCCUCGGGCUCGUGCCUUGGAUGUACUGUACAUACUCACGCCAGAAUUCAGCCGAGUACGACGGUGCAAACACAAUUGAGCCAACGAUUCGGGAUCGACACGAACCACAGGACGUAUUGCCUCUCAACGCAGUUCCAACGUUGCUCUGCAACCACACUUGUCUGUGAACAUGAAAGAGAA